AUGGUAUCAACACCGGAGCUCAAAAAGUACAUGGAGAGGAAGUUAUUCAUCCAGUUGAAUGGGUCACGGAAAGUUGUUGGGGUGCUGAGAGGAUAUGAUGUAUUUCUUAAUGUUGUGUUGGAUGAUGCAUUGGAAGUACACAAGAAUGGUAGGAAAUUUCCUCUUGGAGACCAUACAGUAAUCCGAGGGAACUCAAUAGUAUCUUUGGAGCCAUUGGAGAGCUUAUCUUAA